AUGAAGUCUGAAUCAAGGGUGUGUGGGGCUGCGUCUGACGACGACUCUUUCAGUUUCACGCAGGUGAAAGAGGCGUUACAAUCAAUGGCAGCUGAUGAAAACAGAGAAUUUCUCGAAGCGCAGCGCCUCGCACCUCAUCUGGUCGAUACAGAGUCUCAGAUUUUACACUACCUGAAAUGCUAUGACUAUGAUGUCCAGGUCGUCGCCAGUUGCAUAGCGAAGUAUUGGACGCGACGUAAGCACAUCUUUGGCGAGAGGGCUUUUUUAUCACUACUCGACCUGAGUGGCGCUGGUGCGAUGUCGACUGAUGAUUUAGAACAUUUGGCAAUUGGGUCGGGUGUACCGUUGCCGAACGAUACAGAAGGUUGUUCCGUUUUCUGUUUCGAUCCUUCCCGGAAUGAAGCCGAAGAUGCAGAAAUGUCGUGGACUCGUGGCUUACGCUGUUUCUUUUUCUGGAUGCAAGUAGCUUCCUCAAACGAAAAGUCUCAGACUGAGGGUGUUGUAUUUGUUCGAGUUUUAGACACCAUACGAUGGUCAAAAAAGCUUGGACAGCUUCUUGAUUUAAUGGAUAGAACUUUCGCGCUCAAGUUGAAAGCUAUCCACUACUGUCUACCGCAAUCUAAUGAUGGAGGCAUAAGCUCUCUUAUCAAGAGAACCUUUCCCUACUGGACAACUGGACUAGUUGGGUUCCUAACGCCCACCACAGAAUUUCACGGCGGCCCGGAACUACUCUCCGAGCUCACUAGGCACGGGCUUUCGAAGGAAUCGAUUCCGGAAAAACUUGGAGGUUCCUGGAGCUACGACAAUUUCGAUAAAUGGAUGGAGAUCAAUACGCCAAGAACUGGACAAGCUUUGAAGAAGUCGAGUGUAUAUACUGGACCCAAGCCUAAGUUGUCAGCAAUCUCAGAAGAAGCGUAUUUUUCUUUAGCCCAGGAAAUGCAUCAAUUUGAGAAGUGGAGUGAAUCUAGAUGCCCAUCCCGCAAUAAAGGACCUGCUGAGGGAGUUGGAGCGCCGGUACCAAGGCAUGAUAUGAACGCACCGGAGAAUUAUUCUGCUGUAAGGCAUCUGCAAUGGGACAGCUUGACUGAUGAAGCUAUCACCCUUCUACCCAAGCAGGAAUCAGCGGCUUAUUUCGAGGCGAAAGAGGAAAUGCCUGAUUUGGUCAAAGUCGAGUCCAAUCCGCACAAUUUUUUGGAGUUUGAACAAUUCGACGCUUUGGCUGCUUCCAAAAGGCUUGCGGCGUACUGGAAGCAUCGAAAGAAACUCUUCGGGCCGAAGACGUUGCUACCAAUGGUCUCCGUUGGGACUGGUGCCCUAUCGUCGGAGGAGGUUCUCGCGCUUCAAAGUGAAAAGGUCACUCUGCUUCCUGCCUGUAGAAACGGGUCGUGCGUGCUCUAUUGCGAUGGCACACGAGUUGCUGAUUUGACGUCCUCGGAGGCUCUGUAUCGGACAAUGUUUUAUCUCGCUUGUAUCGGGACUGAUUUUUUUAGGUCAAAGAACAAAUUGGUCAUUUUGAUCAGUUUCAAUGCUCCACAAAGUCUUCCCGGUUCCCUUGAGUCUGUUCAGGAAUUUUUGGGAAUGCUUGACGACGGUUUCCCAAUCGAAAGCAUCCAUUUCCUUACGAUCUUGAAAGACACGUCACAAGCCGCUCGCCAGGACUCUAUUGCUUUCAAUGCCUCUAGUCAUGUCCAAUACAAGCUGAGAGGCAAAACUUUCGUUCAUGUUGCACAUUCACCGGCAGAAGCGCUUUUGAAGCUCGAACCACAUGGCUUUACAGUUUCGGGGCUUCCGAGCAAUAUUGGUGGAACUUGGAUAAACGGCACAUUCAAAAAAAUGCUCGUACACAAGAACCUCGAGGAGAUGUCGCGUUUAGCCAAACCAUCGAUGUCGAAAAUAACCGGUUCCGGAAAUGAAACUGUACAGGAAAGUCCUUUUGUUGUUCGUCAUGCUAUUCAGCAACUAGAAGGUGCCUUCGAUUUCAUCGCUGAAGACGAAAAAAAGGACUACCUCGAGGCUCUGCGACGUGUUCCAGGCCUGGUGUUCGCGGAGUCUCCUCCCCUUCGCUUUCUUCGCUUCGAAAAGUUUAAUGCAUGGGCGGCGGCGCAGCGGCUGGCCUGUUAUUGGAAGUGGAGAAAGAAGAUUUUCAAGGGAAAGGCCUUUUUGCCCAUGACACAGUUUGGUGCUAUAGGCGACGACGUCGUGCGAACCCUGAGCUCAGGUUAUUUCAUUAUUUUACCGAGCGAUAAAAGUGGACGUCCGGUGGCAUGCUUAGACCCCUCGAAGAGAAUCAACUAUUCGCUUGACACAAGACUCCGGCUCAGUUUCUACUUGUGGACAAUACUUUGCGAAUAUCCUUUAGCAUGCACAGAAGGCUAUAUUGGGAUUGUCCUUAUGGGACAAGCAGGAGCUCCGAAAUCUAGCUUCGAUUCGGCAAUCACUGUGUGCUCUGAUAUGGUCAGGGAGGCGUUUCCAACAAGGCACCAACAUCUCCACUUGGUCCACUGUCGCGCUAAAUCUGAGGGAAGAUCUUUUUUGCGCUUAAUCCUCCCAACAGUGCUCAAAGUCUUAGGAGCAAUGGUGAGUCACAGAACAAGCUUUCACAGCAAGGAAGGGCAUGACGAAAUGGUUAAAAAGUUGGAGACUUUUGGUCUCGACGGAGCCUCAUUGCCGAAAUGCUGCGGAGGUUCGUUGAGCGACGACUACAAAGUGCUAUGGAGAGCCGACCGGCUGCAAGCGGAACGCGAAAGUCACAAUACUGCAGGGCCUUCUCUUCGAUUGCUAAUGUCGGCAGCUUUGGACAACGAAGGUUCGCCCACAGUCCAUGAGCCAAAUGCAAGCGGAGUCACUGCUAGUACGGUCGGAACAGGCGGGGAACAAGCUCAGUUGGCAAUAGAAAGAGCCCUGGGUGCGCUUCCAGUCGCGAAGAAGAAUGCUAUGGAGGAGGCAGCUCGUCGAAAUACGGAAUUGCACUCGUUCAAUUCAAGCUAUGCUCGUUACUUAAGAUACGCAAACAACGAUCCAGAAGUGGCAGCGCAGAAGAUGGCGUCAUACUGGCAAACGAGGAAAUCGAUAUUUGGUAACAAGUUCGUUCUGCCUCUUACUCAAACUGGUGAAGGUGCUCUGGGUCGUAGGGAACUGAACCUUCUCGGUACUGGCUUCUUUUCUCUUCUCCCCAAGGAUCAAGAAGGCAAUUCAGUCGUUUGUUUCGAUCCGUCUAAACUCGUAAAAGCUUCGUUGGAUUGCAGACUUCGUGUCAUGUUCUAUGUUUUGGAUCUUGCUGCUUCCAACGCCCAGUCACGUCAAGGUGGCGUUGUUAUGGUUUGCCUUAUCAACAAAGUCAAGGCUGAAAGGGGAAAGAAAUUAAACGCCGAGCUGGUGUUGAACUCACUACCGAUCCACAUCAGAGCGGUGCACUUAAUACAAAGCUGUGCGGAAGGCCAGCCUUUGAUAUCUCGCGAAAAGGGCCUAGCAUCAAUGCGGCAGGUUUUUGGACACGUCGUGGAUGAAAGGGUGAUCUUUCACGACAGGUCUACCAAGGGUUCUAUUGUGGAAGCAAUGAGAAGGGAGGGCCUGAGCAAGGAAGGUCUCCCCAAGACAAUCGGUGGGGAAUGGGGUUUUGAACACUUCAUUCAGUGGAUGGAACUUCAGACACGGUUGGAAUGGAACUUACCUGCCGGAUCUGGAGGCAAAAACACCGCUGAAAGGAUGUUUGACUUCACUGGUGUCAAACCUCUGCAAUCACUGUCGGAAGAAGAAAGGAAGGAGAGAAAACGACGAAUGAAUGUCGUACACUCUCGUCGGAAGCGUGAAAGGGAAAGGAUCGAAAUUGAGGUCUUGCAGGAGCAGUGCACUGAUCUCAGCGAUCGCAACCUUGAACUUUCUCGGAAAAACGCUUCAUUUGAAGAGUUGCUGAGCGAGGCGCAAAUUGUAAUCAGUAGGGUCGGGCAAUUCUCUCGGGAACAAGAACUUCGUUCGAUCGCAGCUGAUCAGGUUCACUCAGAACGGCUUGCUCCGGGAAUUACCGAGCCUGUAACGGGAGGAGGAAUCCAGUUCGCUAGCCGUGCAGCCCCGUUCAACUUUUCACUAGGAAGCUUUUACUCGAGAGGGUCUGAUUCCCAAGACCAGCAUUGGCCGGCUCCGAGACAAGGCAGUCUGAAUCCUUCGCUUCAGCAUCAGAUACAAUCCCCGUUUGAUCAAGGGGUACGUACGGCCCUACUCGAAGAAAACGAAACGCUUCGGUGGACUAUUCGAGAAUUGCAACGUCGCCAGCUUGAAGAAGAAUUGGGACGACAAGAACUAGAACAUCAGUUACGGUCACAAAAUGCUCGAUCGCCUGACGGACCCGGCGGUAGACUAGGCUCCCGUAUUCAGCAAGGCGAUCAAAACAAUCGCAAUCUCUGGAACUUUUUCUUUGGUUGAAAGACUUUCAUUGAUAAAUUUAUUGUCAAUACGCGUUGAAAAAAAUAUCUAAAAACAGUAAUUGUCAGUGAACAAUGAGCGCAGGUAGUCUUUGACGUAAAAGUAAAAUAUCAAAUGGCAUUAUU